UGUGACGUUAUUUUGAAAAUGACCGGAGACGCCGCUGUUGUCUGUCUGAGUCCGCGUGUAUCCGGAUUGGAAAGUUUUGAUGGUGGAAUCAGGAAGUCCAGCGAUCCGCUGACCAACAGAGAGCCGCUGCUGGAGCCUGGAGCCCCGGACCGAGAGGGUGACAGCUAAACCCAAACCUUCUCUCUGUGGAAGAGCUCUGCUCAGAGAGUGGUUAAUGUAACAACUGACACCAGAAAAAAUGUCCUACUGACCUGCUGACCUUCCCCAACACCCUGGAAACACUCUUAGCAACAUGGAGCAAGAAAUCGGCCCUAGGGAGGCAAUGGGAGCUAAGGCAUCAAUGGUGGAGGGAACCGGGCCCAGCUCUACACUUCCUUCUCCUACUUUAGAGAACAUCCAGGCAGCAUAUGACAAGGGAGAGGAGGAGAUUGCCAGAGAGCUGAUUCAACAAGCCUGCUGUGUGGAGUGCAGUGCAGGCCCCCCCUACAUUGAUCCGGUAAAUCUUCUGUGUGUGGCCACUCAGCAUGGUGAUCUGCAGAGUGUGAGCUACCUCCUAAAAGAAGCCCAUGUCACUGUGCCCCAUGAGCCAUCUAAGAGCAACCCAGCUAUUCUGGCAGCAUAUUAUGGCCACACCAGACUGGCCAAAGAGCUGCUAGAUUCUAUACCUGGUCCAUGUCUGAAGAGGGACUUGCUGAACUGGAUGCUCGCCACAUCUUGCCAGCAGGGUCACCUGGAUGUGGUUCGCCUGCUGGUCCACAGCUAUGACGCUGAUGCCAAAGACUGUUCCAUCCACAGUGAUGAAUUUGCUGUCAUUACCGGGCUGCCGCUGUAUGCUGCUGCACAAGCAAAUAAUGAGGAGAUAGCUGACUUCCUGCUGAAAAAUGGAGCAGGAUUCUCCUCAUACACCCUGAUGGACCAUCCAGCCUUCUGCAAACAUCUCCUUAGACUCAAAAUACAAGAAACCUCCAGUGCAGAAGGAGACAAGGUCUGUGUUUCACAACCAUUAAAGGCUGUCAGUGUGUGUUGGAGUGGCCUGGAGUUGCCUUGGUUGGAGCUGGAUUGGUUCAUGGACGUCUCCUCAUCUAUCACCCACCUGGAUCUGUCAUCAAACAGCCUGACAGCUCUGCCCUCUGUGGUGCCCUGGGGUCUCAUCCACCUGAGGACUCUUGAUCUUUCUAACAAUCUGCUGAAAGAGCUGCCUUCUGCAUGCAACUCAGAGGAGGUCAUCUGCUCCAGGUUACAACACGUAAAUCUCUCUCAGAACCAGCUGAACAGUUUGCCAUACGGACUUCUCCAUCUGACUCACAUCCAGAAGCUUUCUGCUGUCAAGAACCAGCUCACAGUCCUGUUUGACAUCCUUCCCAUUACUAACUGGAUUGGUCUUCGUAAGCUGAAGGAGCUGGAUGUGUCGGAUAAUUGUCUGACCAGUCUGCCCACAGCAGUCAUGCACUGUUUGAAAUCUCUGAGCUUCCUCAACGUGAGCAGAAACAAACUGACCGGCUUCCCUGACCCAUGGGCUUGUCCACUGAAGCAAUGCAAAGCUUCUUCUAAUGUAAUUGAGAGUCUUCCAAACACCAUCUCCAUCUUCUGGAGGACACACCUACAAGAGAUGGACUUCUCUGACAACAGCCUGAAUGACCUUCCUUCAUAUAUCUUUGAACUGGAGGCUCUGGUCUCGUUGAGAUUGUCUGGGAAUCACAUUGCAGCACUCCCAUCCACCAAUAAGUGGAAAUGCUCUCAGCUAAGGAUGCUUGAUCUUUCAAGGAACCAGCUGGGCAAAACAGAAGAGGUGCCCAAAUCCAGGAGAAUGGCCUUCCUGACUACAUGGAGCAGAAGAGACCCAGACCCAGUGUGUCCCAUCGAGUUCUCCACUGUUAUGAAGGAUUCACUGGAAGUGCUUUUUCUAAAUGACAACCAGCUGGAGUGUGUUCCCCAGUCAGUGUGUAGUCUGCACAGCCUCACUGAGCUCUACCUCUCCAAUAAUCCUGGAAUCCGGCUACUUCCAGCAGAGCUUGGUCAGCUGUCCAACCUGUGGCAGCUGGACAUUGACGAUCUCAACAUCACUAAUGUCCCCCCAGAAGUAAAAAAAGAAGGUCCUGCGUCUGUCCUGGCUUUCCUCCGGGCUAACCUUCGAAAAGCAGAGCCUUGUAAACUGCUGAAGAUGCUUGUGAUUGGCCCAUCAAGACAGGGGAAGACGGCCCUUCUGGAGGCUCUGCAGACCGGCAAGGCAUUCCCCUUCACCCUAUCAGAACGCAGCAUCUCUACCUCCACCUGGGAGCUGGACAAACCCAAUCGAGGAAAGAACAAUAAGGACUUUGUGUUGUUCAACGUGUGGGACAUUGGUGGUCAAGCCAGCAUGUCCACAGUGAACCAGUGUUUCUUCACUGAUAAGGCCCUGUACGUGGUGAUCUGGAACCUUGCUCUCGGAGAGGAGGCUGUGGCCAACCUGCAGACAUGGCUGCUCAACAUUGAGGCUCGAGCGCCUAACUCUGUAGUGAUAGUUGUGGGAACACAUUUAGAUCUCAUUGAUUCCAAGUUUCGCACAGAGAGACUGGCAACACUGAGAGCUUAUGUUCUGGCUCUGUGCCGAUCUCCAUCAGGGGCUCGAGCCACUGGCUAUCCUGACAUCACCUAUAAACAUCUGCAUGAAGUGUCCAGUAAGUCCCUGGAGGGUUUAGAUGAUCUGAAGAUGCUGAUCUACAAUGUGGCUCUCUCCAUGAAAGACACCAGCAGCUCAACCUGUGGCAGUAAACUUCUCGGCAGACUGAUUCCCAGGAGCUACCUGACACUUCAGGAAGCAGUCAUUGCAGAAAAGCAGAGAAGACAUGCUCAGGGAGAAGUCCAGUACCUGACUGAUGUCCAGUUGGAUAACAUCAUUAAGCAGAACCCGGGAAGUGACAUCAGAGACUAUGAGGACCUACAGAUCGCCAUUAAUUUCUUAAUAGACACAGGGACUCUGCUGCACUUCCCUGACACCAGCCAUGGCUUGUGUACCCUCUACUUCCUGUGUCCUGUGUGGCUGUCAGAAUGCCUAGAGAGGAUCAUUUACAUCAAGUCCUCACGCUCUGUAGCCAGGAAUGGAGUGAUCCGAGCUUCAGACCUCAGGAUGCUGUUGGUAGGAACAGGGAUCACUCAGGAGACAGAGGAACAGUAUUUCCAGUUUCUGGCCAAGUUUGAGAUUGCUCUGCCUGUGGCCAACGACAGCUAUCUGCUACCCCACCUCCUUCCUCCCAAGCCAGCCAUGGACAUCUACGCCUUUCGCCAGCAAUCAAACAACACCCUUCAGCGCCUUUUCAAGAUGAGUUUUGUUCCUGCUGGAUUUUGGGAGCGUUUAAUUGCUAGGAUGCUCAUAAGCCUAAAAGAGAUGGACCUGCAGUCAUUCGAGACCAAAACAAAAACCACCAGGAGCAGGCAGAGCAGGAAUUCUGUGAUCUACAGCUUUGCUGGAGCCCAGCAGAGGAGCCGCUGCAGUACCUUUAGAGUCAGACGCAGCAAGACCAUCUACUGGAAGGAGGGGCUGCUGGUUACUUUUGAUGGAGGUUGCCUCAGCGUGGAAUCAUCAGAAGUGAACUGGAAGAGGAGGAAGAGUGGAGGCAUAAAGAUCAUCUGCCAGUCAGAAUCGAGGGAUUUCUCUGCAAUGGCAUUCAUCACAGACCAUGUCAACUCUCUAAUCGAGCAGUGGUUCCCCGCUUUGACAGCCACUGAGAGUGAUGGGAAUCUGCUUAUAGAGCAGUACGCGCCCUGUUCGGUCUGUUCCUCACUGGACCAACAGAAGCACGUCGAGCUCCUGAUCAAUCAGUCCAGCCAGGUCAGAGAGAGGGGAGGACAUGGAGAAGAUAACGAAGGAAAAGGGAUUCAUUACUUUAACAUGGAGGACUGUGUGCUAGCUGCCAUGGAGAAGGAACACAUCAUCUGUCCUCAACACCCUGAUCAGCCAGUUCCUCUCCAAGAACUGGUCCCAGAAUUCUUCAUGACGGACUUCCCAGCACGGCUGUUUUUGGAGAAAGCCCAGCUGGAGUACUCUGAGGAGGAGAACGUCAUCCUUGGCCAGGGUGGCAGUGGGACCACCAUCUACCAAGCUCGAUAUAAAAACCAGCCAGUGGCUGUCAAACGCUUCCACUUUAAGGCGUGUCAGCAGCGGAAUGUCAGCAGUGACACAGACACUAUGAUGAAACAUCUGCGGUCUGCAAAUGCCUGUCGGAGAUUCUCUGAAUUUCGCCAGGAGGCCAGCAUGUUGCACUCUCUGCAGCAUCCCUGCAUUGUCUCCCUGGUGGGCAUCAGCAUUCAUCCACUGUGCUUGGCCCUGCAGUUAGCCCCUCUGGGUAGCCUCAACACUGUGCUGGAGGAGAAGCACAAAAGGAAAAGCUCCAUGUACAUGCCCCUUGGUCACAUGCUAACCUUCAAAGUAGCCUAUCAGAUUGCAGCAGGACUGGCAUACCUUCACAAAAAGAGCAUCAUCUUCUGUGACCUCAAAUCUGACAACAUUCUGGUGUGGUCUCUGGAGGUGCACGAUCCAGUCAACAUUAAACUGUCUGACUACGGCAUUUCUCGACAAUCUUUUCAUGAGGGGGCCCUUGGAGUUGAGGGCACACCAGGUUACCAGGCUCCUGAGAUCCGACCAGGCAUUGUGUAUGAUGAGAAAGUGGACAUGUUCUCUUACGGUAUGGUGAUGUAUGAACUACUGUCUGGGCAGAGGCCAGCACUGGGAUCUCACCAGCUUCAAAUAGCAAAGAAACUCUCCAAAGGCAUACGGCCAACGCUGGGGAGUCCAGAGGAGGUUCAGUUCUACAGCCUUCACAGCUUGCUGACUGAAUGCUGGGACACCAAGCCAGAGAAGAGGCCAGUGGCAGUGCAGUGUGUCAGGCAGAUGCAGGAUCCCAGCUUCCCCUGCCUCAGGUAUUUAUUGUCCUGCGACAGCCACUCACAGCUCUUCCUGUCCCAGCUGCAGGGAUACAGCGCUGUGUUCUGGGAUGGAGACAAGGAAAACAGAAACUACAGUGUGGUGAAUGUGGAGAAAGGCCAGGUGGAGGUGGAGAGGAUGUCCUGUCCAGGCAGCAGGAUUAGCUGCCAGAUGAAGAUGGGUAACUCUCUGUGGAUGGCCACUGAGGAACAGGAGGUGUUCGUCUACAGUCUGAAGGACAUGUGUCCACUCAGUAAACCCCAGAAACAAUUUUCCUGUCCAGCCAUCAUCACCUACCUGUUCCCUGUUCCAGCAAGAGAACAGAGCCUGGCCAAAGUGUUUGCGGGGAUGUCUGAUGGCCUGGUGGCAGUGUACAGCGUGGUGGAAGACCUUCCUCUCGAUGGGGAGACGUACGUGUGUUCACACACCUUAAACAAGACGAUUUUUGGUCUGAAGGACUCAGAUCCCAGACAGAGACCCUUCCCAGUCAGGAGCAUGGCUCUGGUCAGCAGUGGCUCCCAGUUAUGGUUCUCCAAUGGUCCAGCUGUGCUCGUUAUCGACUGUCUUAGUCUUCAGGCAGUUCAAAGGCUGGAGUCCUAUAGCCUGCCAUCUUCUAUUAUAUCCAUGGCAACCAGCUUCAGUUUUUGGGGGGAGGAAGCAGUGUGGACUCUUGAUGACCACAUCAACACCCUGCUGCUCUACCACGCUGCCUCCUACGAGCUCUGUGCUAAGUACUGCUGCACAGAAAGCAACCCUCUACGAGACGUCUUCACUGUGCAGCGUCCUGCAGGGCUCACCACAGUUGCAGCCACUGAUCUCAACAUCAUAAACCAAAAAGAGAAGCACGACUUGACUGCUGGCGAAAUGACAUUGAUCUACAGCGAGACGGCGGGUACUCAGAUCAUCCAGCACCAGGAUUCACUAACGGACUACUGCUCCAUAUCAUCAAACCGCUCUCUGGACCCUCUAGAGUCAGACUGCUCAGACACUGCAGACCUCAGCCUACAAACCAGCUGCAGUGGUGUGUCUCUGGCUACAGACCUGGACCAGGAUGAGCAAGCGUCCCCCAACCCCGAGUCUGGCCUGGCAAUGACCCCCACAGCGCCUCAGCUGCAGGCCUUUGCUGUGCUGCUAGUGAAUGAAACUCUGUGGAUCCCCAGGCAUGGAGGUGAUGUGAUGGUCAUUGAAAUACAGCCACAUGCUCAUCAGCUACAGGGACGUGUCAUUGCUGUCCUUCGCCCACCUGGAUGUUCCUGUUUGGGGUGAGCUCAUUUCCUGCCCUGAAAAGCAGAGUUCACUAAACAUGAUGGCAUGUUUAACAUCAUAUGACUUUGUCUUCCCACUCUUUGGUUUUUGCAGCAUCUGAUUGAAACAUUAAAUAAGCAUUUCCCUUGCUCAUUUACUAAGACAAAAUUUUGCCAUUUUAUAAAUGAAAUCUGAUUGUUUUACAGCAUAUUCCUACUGAUUUGAUCUACAGCAGACAAAUAAUAGAAAUCAGUGUAAUCUCAAAUUUUGAUCCUACUGGUGCCUGAAAAUGUGGAAAAUUCUCUUCAGCAUGUAAAUGAACUUAUAU